UUUAAAAUAAUAUUUAUUUUUAGAAAAUCUAUGUAUAGGUUAAAUAGACUGUUCAACUACGUCAUUUCAAGGAAAAAAAGUCAUCAUGUUGAAGACAUAGUUGAUGGAAUUAUCCACAGGGACCGUGGUAAACUGGCAGAAGCAAUCACUCUUGUGGAAUCAUCUCAUCCCAAAAAAAAGAUUUUAGCUCAAGAACUGUUAACAAAAAUCUUGAAUUUGAGUAGAAAAAAUGAGAAUCAACUUUCAUAUAGAAUAGGUAUUUCUGGUGCACCAGGUGCUGGUAAAUCAUCUUUUAUUGAAGCCCUAGGUACAAUGUUGACUGAUGAAAGAUAUCGAGUUGCAGUUCUAGCAGUUGAUCCAUCAUCUGUUAAUACUGGAGGCUCGUUGCUAGGAGAUAAAACCAGAAUGACAGAACUUAGUAGAUGUGCUAAUGCAUAUAUACGCCCUUCACCAUCUAGUGGAGCCUUGGGUGGAGUAACAAGAUGUACAAAUGAUGCUAUAGUUCUUUGUGAAUCAGCUGGUUAUGAUGUUAUAAUGGUUGAAACAGUAGGUGUUGGUCAGUCAGAACUUUCGGUUUAUGAAAUGGUGGAUAUUUUUGUAUUGCUGGUAAGUCCUCUUUCGGGCGAUGAGUUACAAGGGAUAAAGCGUGGUAUAAUGGAGGUUGCUGACUUAAUUAUCAUCACGAAAGACGAUGGAGAUCUGAAGGCAGUUGCAAGGAAAAUGAAAACAGAAUUUAUUAGUGCCAGUAAAUUUUUACAAAGUAAAAGAUCUUCAUUGUGGAGACCUAAGAUUAUCACAGCGUCCGCGACCAAACGUGAAGGGAUUGUCGAGGCCUGGAAAGAAAUUGAAGAAUUUUUUCGUGUCAUGAUCGAUUCAAGGGAACUGGAAAUGAACAGGAAAGAUCAGCGAGCAUUAUGGAUGUGGAACUAUAUCAAAUAUGAAGUUCUUGAAAUGUUUAAAAAACACCCUUCUGUGAUAGCAAAUGUGCCUGCCUUUGAAAAACGUGUCAAGGAAGGUGGUAUAACUCCCGGAGUGGCAGCUGACCAACUUCUUCGUUUAUAUUCAGAAUUAAAAUAAAGCAAUGAUUAAUAUGA